AUGUUCAGAUCGGUGCCUUUCCUGGUGUUAUUGUUGAUCUCAGUUGGUGGUAGGUUAAUAUUUUUUAUACUGUCUUGGUCUUUUAACCUCUGCUAUGUCGCCUUUAAGAUGCCAAAAGAACAAUAUGUAUGAAGAAAGGCUUCGCAGUCGAGAAAAUCGGAUUUUAUCAGCGAAUUGAGAGUUCCAGUCCAAAUGAUUGCGUGGAAAGGUGUAUCGAGAGCUGGGAGUCCUGUAAAUCGGUAGUGUAUAUACAAGCUCAGUCGAAAGUAAGCUCCACUAAAGUCUAACUUGAGCAUUAAUAAACCUAAUUUUUUUGAUCAUUAUUUUAACCUUACUUUAGCGCCAUAAACCCUUGUGUCAGCUGUAUAAUGUGAAUUCCGAGACGGAUUACGUUCUUCUGCGGCAAGUCUCACGCCAUGAGCCUCAAUCUACAAUAUUCGAAAUACUCGAUUCCUGUCCAUCAAAGGUGGCGGAUCAAUCUCGCGAUUUCUUCGAUACUCUGAGCCCAUCUCUUCGACGAAUUCUCAACGGAAUUCCAACAAUCCAUCGACGAAUUUCGGGACAAUUUGAACGAAGAGAUGACCUUGGAAAAGAGACUUAUCUGGCUCCAGAGAAACCACUAUAUCCCUUCAAUGGGAGUAAAAUUAAAAGUAAAACAAGUAGCGAGAAUUUUGACAAUGACCUGAAUGCCAAUGGUGGAGAUGCUGGAGCUCCUGUGCCGAGGAAACAAGAACCCCUCAGGCCAAUUCAACCAGUCGUUGGACAGCAGCAAGGGGCUGGGCAGGCUUUGUCGGCAUUCGCUGGAAAUGUUGAUCCGAAUAAAGGAGCCUAUCUCACAGGCCCUCAGGGCUUUGCGAGACCCGGAUUUGGCGGACUUUGUCCAAGUAAAUACUUCAUUUCUUAUGUAGAUUAUUUGUAGAUGGUGUUUGCGCUCCAAUCCAGCCUCCAGGUGCCUAUCCAGCUCAAAUUAUCUCUUAUCCCAGUGGUGUUUCCUAUCCUUGCAGUCCAUUAAGACCUCCAUAUGAAUGUGGAAACGGUGCGGCCAGGCCAACAGCGGGAAUUGAACUUCCAAAAGAAGUGAGACCAACCUGGUCGGAGUGGCUGCCUGUUGGGACUUGCUCCGUGACUUGUGGAAAGGGUGUUCGGAUGAGAAAACGGACUUGUUCUACUGGAAAUGAAGAUGAUUGUGAUGGUAAAUCAUCAAGAGCAAUAUAAUAUGGUAUAUUCAGGAGAUCCAUCCAAGGAUGAACCUUGUAUUCAGCCCGAAUGUAAUGUGUGGAGUGAGUGGACCGAAUGGGGAAGAUGCUCAGCCUCGUGCGGAGGAGGAACGAAGACCAGAACUCGUGUUUGCAGGAACGGACAAGACUGCGUUGGACCCAGGGAAGAUGUCAGGGAAUGUGCGGAAGAAGCGUGCCCUCAAUGGACUAAUUGGACACCGUGGGGAGAGUGUUCAUCAACUUGUGGACAAGGGGUUCAACGACGAAUUAGAGAAUGCAUUCCUCCUGGAUCCGCGGAAUGUAAGGGACCCUCGGCUGAUCAUCAGCCAUGUGAAAACAAGGCUUGUCCUACAUGGGGACAAUGGGAGCGAUGGUCAGAGUGCUCGAAGACUUGUGGAAUGGGGGAAAGAGUAAGAGUACAUAUUUGUAAUUGGAUGGGUUACUUGAAGGUUCGUCGGAGAGAAUGUUUGAAUGGACUGGGCGAUGAUUGUCUUGGACCCCAUGAAGAACAUUUGCUAUGUAACCCACAGCCAUGCCCAGAAUGGACUCAAUGGACACCUUGGGGACAAUGCUCAAAGAGUUGUGGAGAUGAGGGGUCACGGCUAAGAACAAGGUACGUUAUUUCCACAAUUGUAUGAAUUCGUUUUUGGCCAGGAGUAAUAGAAAUAUUUUCUUUCAGGGAAUGCCGUUACGAAGGAGUGCCCUCAGCAUUCUGCGAAGGCACAGCACAAGAUCAAUCAGCCUGCCAACUCGACCCCUGUCCCCAUUGGGGAUCCUGGUCGUCUUGGACUGGCUGCAGUGCCACUUGUGGUCAUGGGCAACAAACCAGACAACGAGAAUGCGAACCUAAAGGUUUUGGAUGCACAGGAGGCGACAGGGAGAUCAGAUUCUGUCAGCAGGCGGUCUGUCCGUAUUGGGAUCAAUGGUCGGAAUGGACAACUUGCUCUGAGUCCUGUGGAAGAGGACUAACUUCAAGGAAAAGGAAGUGUGUCAAGGAUGAUGUGUUGCCUGGGGCAGUGCUACCAAGUGAUGAAGAAUUGGGAGGAGCCGGCUUAGAUGGACUAAGACCAGAGCCAUCACCGGAGCAGGAAGAUGAUAAUGAUGGGCCGGAAGUGGAACCGGUGACUGAAUCCAGCCGGGAGGGAAGCUCUGAUGACAACGGUGAGUUCUGCAGGGCUUCUUGUGUAACAUUGCAGCAUCGCUGACUCACAUUUUAUAUUAUAAUUGCAGACGCGAUCAAAGCCCGUUUAAUUGAGCGCGCCCAACGAUUGAAGAACAGCACAACGACCAAGAAGAAUCGCUCGACGAAACAGAAAGCCCGGCUACAAGAGCAAGUUCUGGAGGUCACUCAGAGCGCAGCGGCCGAACGAAGAAGAGCCCCGAUUAAAGCGACGGUUCUGGAGUUACGAGAUGCCCCAGAAGGAUGCCCUGGGGCUGAUUCCGAACAAAAAGAAUGCGAUGCUGGACCUUGUUGUGAAUGGAGUAGCUGGUCAGCUUGGACUGAUUGUAACAACCCUUGUCAUUCGGGGCAGAGAUUGCGGUGAGAAAAGGCUUUGGGAUUAUUUUGGACAUGCGAUUUUGAUGUAACAUCUAAUAUUUGUUACAGAAGUCGCUCUUGUCAAGUUCAAGUUCCCUUCCACACGCAUGGUCAAGGUAGCGCCUUGGGUGUCUCAUCGGGAGAACCACCGCCGCCAGCACCGGCGAAUUACAUCAAUAUCUACGCAAGACCUCCGCAGCAUGACCGUAUGCUCACUUUGAUCCCUUUUGAUUAUUUUUUGCAUAAUUUUAGACGUCAAACGGUACACUGAAGAGAUCGGUCGUUCCAAACGGCAAGCUCCAUUUGGCGCUCAGCCAGGUACUUAUCUAACAGCACCAGCCCCUCAGAUCUAUGCCAAUCAGCCUUUUGUUCAGCCAAUUAUUGGUCAACAAACAAAUAAUUACCCUCAGGCGGUUAAUGCAUUCACUGGAGUCCCGGCCCCAUCACCAUUUGGAGCAUCCUUGGGAACGGGUUUCCCAGCAGGGCCAAGCCUAGCCAGUCCGUUUGGAAAGGGCUGUGAAUGUCCUGGAAAAGCAGUAGAGACUGAUCAAUGCGACGCUUCAGAAGUUCGAAAUGCCUGCGGAAAUGGAGCUGCAUUGGGAACGGGACAGCGGGGGAAGGGACAACAAGAGGGAGGAGGGAAACCAUUCGGUCAAAUUCAAGUCCAACCAGCAGCAGUCAGUGGGCAUUCCAAGAGCGGACAAAAAGGGAAAGGAUCUUCGACCGAGAUCACAAGUUAUGAAGCCAGGGAUAACAAUGACAGAGAUAGUCUGGUCAUGGCGGUCAAUCAGAUGAUGCUAGCUAAUCAGAAAUGCGAAUGGGGAAGUUGGGGACCAUGGAAUACUUGUAGAGGAUCUUGCGAGAAGGUAGGUUAUAUUAGAAAUGACAUGUCCUGGCAUUAAGAUGGCCAUGGAUAAUGUUGAUCACUUUAGGGUCACAAAGCGAGAACUCGAGCAUGUAAACAAAAAGAGAGUUCAGGAGGAGAUCAGAGUUACGAUGUGAAGAGCAGAGUGGCAAGAGCUUCUCCAUGUGAAUGUGAUGGAGAUGACGUGGAAACAGAAGAUUGUACUCCAGCUGUAAGCAGUAAAACACUACCUUGUACUGAUCAUAAUCAAAAUUCAUUUAUCUUUCUUUAGGGCUGUGAAAUUCAAGAGCGAGAUCAGCCAAUGUCUUCGGAGCGAGAGAACCGAGAUCUGACCAAAGAAGAUGAAGAUCCCGUCCUCAGUUGUUACUGGUCAGAAUGGACUGAUUGGGGUCAUUGUGGGAAAGAUCUGCUGAGAAAGAGGACUCGGUUAUGCGUUGGACUUAAGGCUCUCCUCACAAACUGUGAAUGCAUGGGCCCUUCCGUCCAGCAAACAGCUUGCAGUGCUCCAAAUUUGGAUAAAAAACCUUCGGCGGCAGUCUUGGCUGUAAGCCGAGAUAUUCUGCAAGAUCGGCUGGAAAAGAAACCAAGGAAUUCGAAGAGACAUAAUAAUAAGGACGAGGAUGAAAAGAUUGAUCAGAUAUUGGACUCGCUGGACAGCUGUGAAUGGUUAAGUUGGACAGAAUGGACUCAGUGCAAUGCACCGUGCGACGGAGAGGGGGAAAGGAGAAGGACCAGGACGUGCCCUUGUCGGUAAGAACAAUUUUCAUCUUUUAUGUACGAAAACCUGAGGGUCUCCUUAUAUGAUGACUAAACCAAAAUAUUUUUUGCAUUGAAAUUACGGUAAUAUUUAGGACCUGCCAGAGCGGAAUGAAAGAGCAAGUCGAGUCAUGUCGCGGGGAUCCAUGCCUUUCAGCGGUCAAUCAUAAAAAGUAUCCAUUCGAUGAAUAA